AUGACCGACUUAUUAGGUGCUAUCGACGCAUCCGUCAGCCUUGCUGAACGCCUCUACAACCUCACCCUCCGCUACAUGGGCGCCAACGACAGCGCCGAGAAGUUACACCUGUUCAGCGGCCAGGUGAAUACAGCUAGACUAAAACUCCCGAGCAGAACCCUCGAAAGCAACGAACGUGGAUUCAGAAAACUCCAAAGAGGAACGCGGUUUGAAAUCGAAACUGCAGCGACCGCUCUUGAGAAGGACCUCGGAAACGCAGUGGCCUACCUUGGGGACCAUGACCCAAGUAGGAGCUCGUUCCACAGGCUCUCGUGGGUUCUCUGGGUAGAGAGUUCGGCCACCAAGCUAUUUGAUGAUAUCCAUCGGCAUAUGGAUGUCCUACAGGGCAUUGUCGAAUUGGUCAGGUUGGCGCCAAAGGCCAGAUGCCUCAACGACGCGGAGCACCCGAACGACUUCAAGAUCUACUUUCCACCCAUGCAAUUUGUCGAUCACGACUUUAGCUACUGUGUGAGCUCGCACUGGGGUUCAUCUGGCAAUGCGCCGAGGGAAGCUCAGCGGGGGCCUUUGCUACUCUUCGUGGAAAGUUAUAGACCAGACAUACGCAAAACAGACGACCAAAGCACGCAAGAUUCGAAGAGGCUAAAGGCGAAUCAGGUUGCUGAGAGGAUAGCGACUAUGCUCUGGUGGUCAUGUGACAGCGACGAAAGCUAUCAGACCGGGCUACUGCCCUCUAUUGGCUCAGACCAGUAUCGCGUCUGCUUUCUGAUUCCGAAGAAUGCUAAAGACCAAAAGACGCUCGGCAACCUGAUCCGCGAAAGCCAACCUGGGGAGACACACGAACGUAAGGUUCCCCUUGAAAUGCGAUUAUCCCUGGCCCUCCAACUUGCCGAAGCAAUACGAAAGGUCCAUUCCGCUGGACUGGCACACUGCGCCAUCCGAAGCGACACUGUGUUGUUCCUCGCCCCACUCGAGUCGCAGGAAAAUGACAAUGGCGAGCUUGGUAUAGGGCGUCAAGACAACGAGCGAUACAAUAUGGACGAGCCGAAGCCUCUGAAGCGAACUGGCACAAUGGGCGCAGUCAAGAGAACCCUCACCCGUGCUCUCACCUUCACUGCUAAAGCCGACAAAAGCUCCAAGGGCGACCCUAGCACAAAGAGGGUACACGGGGCAGUGGAAAGGAGGACUAGCCAGAGAAGUGUGCGUGAUAAGGGAAAGGGAGGUCGUCGAGAGAGAGUGGCCAGAGUUUUGGGUAUGCAUGAUGAUACGAGUUCGGGAACUUUCAGCGACUUGAACGCGGGUGACAAUUGGCUGGAUGACACCCGAAUUGGUGACAGCGAGCAACGGACCCGAAAUACCACAACCGACCCAAAAGUAGGAAGUGUGCCGCCGGGCUUUGGCAGCGUUUAUCUCACAUACUGGGGCGCAGCGCACCAACGCGGUGUUGUCCUCCCCGACAGAAACCCACACUGGCCUAAAGACAUAUACCGCCAUCCGGAGCAGCAAAGGAAAAUUGAGAAGCAAGUCAAUAUGGGCCACGACACAUACAGUCUUGGGGUCUGCCUGCUCGAGAUUGGACUAUGGGAACUGCUUGUGAACCUGCAGCAAGGGCACACCGUUCCCAGUCGACUGGCGUCGAAGGCAUGUACGCCUUACGACCCCAAGAAAACGUACGAUCGGGAGACGACGAAGCAGGGGCUCGUAAGACUUGCCGAGGAGGAGCUUCCCGGCGCCAUGGGAGACGGAUAUGUAACAAUGGUCAAGGCGUGCUUGACUUGCUUGGACGACGACGCCCAGGCGCGGUCACAGUGGGGAGUCAGGUUCAAAAGACUGGACAGGAAGAAAGACUGCAAUGCUUUCAGAGAUGUGGUUGUCUCGUUUCUGUCGAAAGUGAAUACGGCUUUCCAGAAAUGA